AAACAAAACUAUAUCCAAUAUACUUCAUGCAAACGAAAAGAGGCAACUCUAAGAAAAAAGGAGCAAAAACUUGAAAGGGAAAAUAACAUAAACAUGUUCAUUUGAGUUCUCCUAUUGAUUGUUCAAGCAGACUCAAGCCAAAAGUGAAUUUUUUUGUUUACUUGAUCGAGCUGUAGCUUUGUAGGGCUGGUCAUUCAACGGAUGCAACUUUGUUUUUAGUUAAUACCCAACAAUAAAGCCUAAGAUGAGUAGUUUGUUGUCCCUUUAAAAAUGGUAUAAAGUCAAAUAUAAUUAGAUAUUUUUAUUUAAUUAAGCAAAAUCAAAUUGAAAUAGGACUACCACAUUGUAUAAGCUGGGAGAAAACGAGUAAAACUGAAGCCAUUGAAAAUUGAAAUGAGUUGUUUAUCUUGUUCAGUUCCACCAUUGGGUUGCACUGAUUUUCAAAGAUUCUCAUAUACAACUCCAUUAACAUCCCAUUCUUCCUCUUCUCCUUCUCUUCGUUGGAAUGGUAAGGUACGGAGAAGGAUUUCAAGAUCAUCAUCAUAUUCAUCAAAUUUGUGGGGUUCACAAUUACCUUCUUUUAAUGGAAGUUAUGAACCAUGUUUUUCCAUAGUAAGGAUUUGGAUUUCUCCUCUUUGUAUGGGUAGGCGCUCCAGCAAAAUUGCCACCAGAAAGGGGGCUCAAGAUCUAAAGAAGGGAAAGCUGUAUUCAAAGAUUGGAAAGGAAGUUGUAUCUGCUGUGAAGAAAGGAGGUCCAAAUCCUUUAUCCAAUACCGCUUUGGCUGUUCUUAUUGAGAAGGCCAAGGAGCUUGAUGUCCCAAAGGAUAUUGUUGAGCGCAAUAUCAAGAAAGCAUCUGAGAAGGGACAAGAGGCUUUCAUCGAGAAAGUAUAUGAGGUAUAUGGUUUUGGUGGCGUUGGCUUUGUUGUUGAGGUAUCAACAGACAAUGUAAACAGAUCAGUGUCCGCUAUUAAGAGGAUGGUCAAGGACUGUGGGGGAAAGAUGGCAGAUUCUGGUUCUGUUAUAUUUAGGUUUAAACGUGCUCGCAUUGUGAAUGUGAAAGUCAGCGAUGCUGAAAAAGACCAGCUUCUUGAAAUUGCCUUGGAUGCUGGUGCUGAGGAUGUUAUUGAUCCUCCAGACAAUGAAGACGCCUCUGAAGAUCAAUCAGAUAGAUACUAUAAAAUUGUAAGUUCACCAGAAGGUUAUUCUGUUAUACUAUCCAAGCUUCGCGAUGAAGGAAUCAGUUUUGAGCCCGAUAAUGGAUAUGAGCUACUUCCAGUUAACCCUGUCGAGGUUGAUGAUGAAGCCAUGGAAUUAAACAAGGAGUUGUUUUCCGAAUUGCUCGAACUUGAUGACGUUGAUGCUGUUUAUACUGAUCAGAUUUAAGAAACUCAGUUGCAUUUUACCAUCAAUGGACGAGUCCCAAGGAUUGGAUUGAACUUUGCAUUUUUCUUUAGCAAUAUGUAUUUAGAUCACAUUUUUGUACUUACAGUUACUACAAUUCUACAAAUGACAUUGUAUAGCAGGCUAGACACAACACAACAGACAAGUAGUACAAUUGUUUGAAUUAAUCCAAAAUUUAAUUGGUGUUUUAUUAUUGCCAAUAUAGAAAAAUGGGAGAGUAAUACUUUUGAAGUCUCCAAGAAAUUCAUACAGUUGUAUAUUGCACGAAGAUUAAGAAAUUAUAAGAUUAUUAAAUUGUGUGGA